ACAGUAAAGUUUUCAUCAGUUCAGAGAACUGCCUGGCUGGUGUGAGGAGCAGCUGGGACCACAGAGGUGGUGAAGAGAUGGCCCCCUACUGCUACCAGCUUUCCUUCGUGAAUCCUGUGAGUUCCAGGCUGUGGGCACAGGUCGUCCCCUUCUCUAGGGCCACACAAGGGGGCCUCCAGUGUGGACAUCAGAUCACUGUCAAAGGGGUGUUUCUUCAGUCCCAUGGAACCAGGUUUGCUGUGAACUUUCAUAUGGGAUUCAGUGACGAGGACAUUGCCUUCCACUUCAACCCUCGGUUUGAAGAAGGCGGGUAUGUGGUCUGUAACACCAAGCAGAAAAAAUGGUCUAAGAAGGAGGAGAGGACGAUGAUAAAUCCCUUCCAGGUGGGAAUUCCUUUUGAGAUCAGCUUCCUGGUGGAGAACUCCUGUUUCCAGGUGAUGGUGAACGGAAAGGAGUUUACGAAGUACACUCACCGCGUGCCCUUCCACCGCGUGGACACCAUCUCCUUCACCGGUGGUGUGGAGGUGACAUGGAUGAGCAUUGAGGACACCUGUGCAGUCCCUGUCCAGAAGAUAUUCUCUGCGGUGGUAUCCUCCCCCAGUCCCUGUGGCUCACUUGAGUCUGAAGAGCAGAAACCAAAACCUCCAAUUCGUUGCCAGGCCAUGGCGGCUUAAAUUAAUCCCAUGAUUCUGCCCCCCUGAGAGACACCAUCUUGAAACAGCAAAGGCUUUGAAUUAGCUAAUCGUGAAAGACUGUGCGCCUGAGCUCCAAUCAAGAGAUGCCUCAGGAAUUACAGAUCUGAGAAGCCCACCAAGCCCAAGCAUGGUGUGCCCACAGCCUUCUGCAUGGAAUAAAGAUGUUUGCCUUGCUGCCUGGCUCCCGAGUAUGAUUUGUAUUCUACCAGGACCUCUGAGUUGUGGUCUUUAUCUUAUUUCUAACAGAUAUACAUACUAAUACAGUAGCACCUCGGUUAUCAAACAUAAAUCAUUCUGGAAGGCUGUUGGAAUAGCUAUUUAUUAAAAAAAAUC